GUUUUUGUUGGGUGCGUUUUGUAAUUAAGUCAAAUCGCAGGGUACACAAACGCAAAUACCUAAAACAAAAAAACCCUAAUUUUGUUCGCUAGGUUUAAAAUCUCAACUACUAUCAGCGGCACUCCUAUUUCGUCGAACUCUGCUCAGUUUUCUAAUAUCUGCCGCCGCAAUCUCCUGUCCUACGCCGACAAAACAAUGGCGUUCGCAACAAUGAAGCCGACGAAGCCGGGAUUGGAGGAGCCCCAAGAGCAGAUUCACAAGAUCCGCAUCACUCUGUCUUCCAAGAAUGUCAAGAAUCUAGAGAAAGUUUGUGCCGACCUGGUACGUGGUGCCAAGGACAAAAGGCUGAGAGUCAAGGGACCAGUGAGAAUGCCUACCAAGGUUCUCAAAAUCACGACCAGGAAGUCUCCUUGCGGUGAAGGAACAAACACAUUUGAUAGGUUUGAGCUGCGGGUGCACAAGCGAGUGAUUGACCUUUUCAGCUCACCAGAUGUUGUGAAGCAGAUUACUUCAAUCACCAUUGAACCUGGUGUAGAAGUUGAAGUUACCAUUGCUGACUCCUAGAUAAGCUGCUGUAUUUCUGCAUUUGCUAGUUAAGUUGAGAACUUGUUUAUUUAUCGACCUAUUAGAUGUUUGAAAUUCGAAUAUAAGGGUGUUGCUGAACUGAUGAAUUUAAGUUUUGUUACAUGGUUUUGUGAGGGCAUUUGAGAAAGGAGGUUUGUAGGUAUUUCUUUUAUCUAGCUUGAAUGCAUAAUACGUUAGUGAUCCA